ACCGUCUCGUAAAAUUGAAGUAUAUACAAUUCGGUGGGAGAAUGUGGCAGCCCAACAUUAUUAAAUGUCGAGCAAGGAAUAGUGGCGAGCAGUUGCGACGGGACCGUCAGGCAGGAAGGUUGUGCGUCGCUUCCUCGCUGCUGCGUUCAUCCUUCCUCACUCACUCCCUACCAAGCCGGGAUCAUUAUGUAUCGAUUCACGUUCUAAUUUAGCCACUUGGAAAACGAGAAAUGUAGGCGAGACAAAUAAUUACGAACAAGGAAGCCCCGACGGCCUCGACCAUCGCCGCCACCGCCGCCGCCUCCACUACAAGCAAAGCGGGUCGACUCUGUUAAUGAAAGAGGAAUCUUGUUUACACACGGCCCACCCGCUGCCGCCCCGGGAAGCGACGCCGCACACCCUCCAUGGACAGGUGCCCUUCAACGUUUCUCUUUCCUCAAGAAAAAGCGCGGGAGUGAGUGAGUGAGUGAGUGAAUGGGUGUUCGGGAUCAAUGAACGCACGCUUGUGACAUUAAACAUUCCUUUUUUUUUCUUCUUUUUUCUUCUCGUUCACAACGAACCAGUGUUUGCAGCAGAAUAUUAGCCUGCUACUGGAAGGGUACGCGCUCCGCAAUCCACCUUGCAAAGGCCUCAUAAGCGGCGGUCUAUGUGUGAGUGAUUGAAGGAGGAAACUUACACCUGUGACACCUGUGGGGAAACUGCAUCCCACGCAACACCUGUGUGCUGGAGUGGAUGGGAUGCUGUAACCCCCUCCCCUCCCUCCUCAAUCCUCGUCCCUCCAUACCCACCCUUUCCUCCCUCGCCGCCUCGUUCUUCCUAGGUGUGUGGCGCAACAUGCACGGCCAGUGUGCAUGGCCACGGAUGGUAGUCGUGACCGGGCGUGACGUCAUCUCACGUGCCACAAAUCCAUAAUGGAUGACGGCCGCAGCAGACUAGCAUGGAGAGGGUGUUCAUCACAAGCCUGCUGGCGGUCUGGGCAGCGGACGGAGCCACGCAGUCAGACACCGGUUCCUGUCCCCGUCCUGAGGACAACCCGUGGUGCUCGUGUUACGACUUCAAUGACGGCGUCUUCCUGGAGUGCUCUGUGGUGCCCCUAUCGCGGGUGGCCACGGUUCUUGUCCAGCUCCGCCACCCUGUCAAAUCUCUUAACAUCUACGACCUGGAAGCCAACCUGACCUCUCUGCCCCCGGCACUUUUUGUCAACAGUGCCGGAGUCUCCUGCCUCAAAAUUUCUCACUCAAGUCUGCGAGAGGUGCCGGAGAGUAGUUUUCUGGGCCUGCAGUCCUCACUACAUUCCCUCAGCAUCAUUCAUAGUCACCUCACCGCCAUCCCCCAGGCUGCUCUUCAAAGACUGCCCCGUCUGAAAACACUGGACGUGGAAGCCAACAAUAUAACUGAGCUACAAAGUUUCAGUUUCGUCAAUAUCAAACUAGUGAACCUCAAUAUGAAGGGAAAUGGACUAAAGUUCAUUUCUGAGUAUGCUUUUGACGGACUGGAGGAAAGCCUUGAAGAGCUAAACCUAAUGAACAACAAGCUGAAGCAGUUGCCCAUUCCAGCGUUACGAAGGCUCAGCAAACUUCGGACCCUGAAGUCCGCCAGUAACCGCAUCUCCGAUGUGAUUAGCGACGGGUAUUCCCGGCUUCCAGCCCUGCAGGUGUUAGAUUUGAGUAGCAACCGCUUCACGCAGCUCACGAGCACCAGCUUAGCUACCAUGCCUGCCCUACUAUCUCUCUCUCUGUGCAAGAACCACAUCUCCCAAGUGGCAGGCGAUAGCUUUAUCCAGAAUUCUGUGUUGCAGAGGCUGUGUCUCAGCCACAAUAAUAUUAUGAUGCUCGAACCAGAGACCUUUUCUUACACACUAGCUCUGCAGGUGAUAGACCUCAGUCACAACCACCUCCAUACCAUCAGCAAAGGUCUGUUUAGUAAUCUGCCUGAGCUAAGGGAGGUUUUCCUUUCCUUCAACAACAUUCUCAAGCUCCAAAAUAAUACCUUUGCGAAUUCCACCCAGAUUUCCUUUCUUUAUCUCCACAACAACGAGAUUCACUCCAUUGAGAGUGGUGCAUUUGCCAACUUGGAGGUACUUUUCGACUUGCAGAUCAGCCACAACAACCUACCAGAGAUUCCUGCCGGUUUAUUCUUCAGCAAUCGCGGCCUCAACACUCUCAGCCUAGACAAUAAUAAGAUCACCUCCUUGGCCGGAGGUACGUUCAGCCAUCUGUCCGAGCUGAGGGAGUUGCGACUCCAAAACAAUAAAUUAUCCAGGGUAGAAAAAAAUACUUUUUCACCUCUUCCUCACCUCCAUGAACUGCACCUUCAAGAUAAUUUGAUCCAGUAUGUCGCGAAGGAAGCUUUUUCUUCGCUGACCGAGUUACAGCAUCUCAAUCUCAAGAACAACAAGCUGGCACAGGUAGCAGAUUCUCUCACCCGCUAUCCUGCAAGCCUAAUAACUCUCCAGUAUUCAAAAAAUGAAAUUAGCACGAUAUCCACGGAUGCCUUGAGAGGACAAAAUCGACUCAAGAUUCUGUGGCUAAAUGACAAUAAUUUAACAAGCAUGCAGGAAGUGCUGGUACACGACCUUUCUUUCCUACAGGAAUUAUAUCUCCAAAACAAUAACCUCGGUUACAUCCAGGACAAGUGUUUUCACAACAUGAGGAAGCUUAAGCUUCUCAAGUUAUCCAACAAUGAUCUGCAGCACAUCAGCUCCUUGCUCUUCGAUGGUCUCACCUCUCUGGAAGUCCUCUAUCUUGACCACAAUGGCAUCAGAGAGAUCGAGCCGAGAAUAUUUCAACGACUGGUCAGUCUGCGCCAUCUCGAUCUUUCUAACAACGAGAUUCUGCAUGUGCGGCGAUUCAUGUUUGAAGGUAAAAUUCCUCUAAAGGUUCUGCUGCUACGCAACUCUGGCAUCACUGACAUGGAUCCCUAUUCGUUCUCCAGCCUGAGUCAACUGGAGGAGCUGGAUUUGUCCCAGAACUCUUUAGCUCGCCUCAACAGGCUUUCACUCAGCAUACCUUCCAUCAGGGUACUUAAUCUUGGUGACAAUCAUUUCCAGAUCAUUGAAGAAAAUUCCUUCUAUGGUAUUUCCAAUUUGAAUUGGUUGGACAUGAGUGGAUGUGGACUCUUCCGUCUCCCUCCACACCUCCUUUCCGAGGCCGUCCACCUCCAGCACCUCAACUUGGCCAGGAAUAACUUUACUGAUCUGACAUCCGUUUUUUUCCGUAAGCUGCACAAUUUAAGGGAGGUCAAUAUAUCAUACAACAACUUCUCCCAUAAUGUUCUAAACUCUGUCGAAGGUCUAACAAAAUUGGAAGUACUUAUUCUCAACCAUAAUCCCAUUGAGGAAUUGCGGCAUCCCCUCAACGAUUUGCCAAGCCUGCGUGAGCUGCACUUGUCUGCAACUAACCUAUGGAGAUUGGACCGACACAUCCUCAUAAGAUUGAAAAACCUGCAUACUCUUGACCUGUCCUACAACCAGCUGUCUGACAUUCCACGGGGCAUGCUGGCAGCCACAAGCGUAAGCAGCCUCAGUUUGGCAGAAAACCUCUUCCCACAAAUACCUAACACCAUCUUCCAGGAGGGCGCCCCGAAUCUUCGCUCCCUUAAUAUGUCAGGCAAUCCCAUGAGGCGGAUUACGGAUCCGCUUGUGGCUAUUGGUCCUCCUCUUCCGCUGCUUGAGGAUCUGGAGGCAACUAGAACAAACUUGACGACUUUAACAACAUAUGACCUCCAGCAGAUGCCCAGCCUCCGUUACCUCAACCUCUCCCGUGCUUCCAUCAGCAGGAUCUCUCCAACUAGCCUGAGAAAUUUGACUCAUCUCACUCAUCUCAGUCUCGCUUACAACCGUCUCCAGAUCUUGCCAAAGGAGAGGCUGCGCGGUCUACGAUCCCUCACCUUCCUUAACUUGACGGGAAAUAUCCUCAAGAAGCUGGAGCCUCUACCUUCUGCCUCCCACUCCCUUAAGGUGCUUGACGCCUCUGGGAACAAAUUAACGGGGUUGGCACAGUCGUCCUUCAAGCAUAGCGAGUGCCUGGAAGUGCUGCUGCUAGGUGCCAACUGGAUCACCACCAUCCAUCCGCGCACUUUCUUGCCCCUCACCGCUCUCCGCCGUCUUGAUCUUUCUCAUAACUAUCUAGAGGAGUUGUCUGUUUCACCUCUGGAGCCCCUUGAACGGAGCCUGGAAUGGCUUCGCUUAGAUGGUAAUCCAUGGAGGUGUGAAUGUCGCCUGGGCCAGCUAUGGACGUGGCUCCAGGAUCAUUUGUCGAUGGUGCCUGAUCUUCGCACCCUCAAGUGUCACCUGCCCGAGGCAUUCUCUGGCCAGCCCUUCCUGAUGUUGUCGUCAGGCAUGUUGUGUCCUCAGCCACUCAUUCUCCAAUUGGACGCACAAGGCAUCCAGAGUCAGUCAUUGGUACUCAAGUGGCAUGCCUCCAAUCAGUCCUCCAUCCAAGGUUACAAGGUAUCAUUCCGUGAGACGAGUGAAGACGGCCAAGUAGUGGGCGGCCUGAAGACCCGCUCCCUCACUUCCUCACCUACCAACUACCGCCUGACGGGGCUACGACCACGCACUAGCUACUUGGUGUGUGUGCACGGUCUAACCACCUCCGCCAGUCCUUCAGCCUUUCAUCACCAUCACACCACCCAAUAUGCGCCCGACCUGAGUAGUAAAUGUGUGCAGGUGAAAACCGACGAACCAAUCCCGGCCAAGAUCGAACUCAGCAACCGUCUUGCAAUCAUGAUUGGAGUAUCGCUGGGAAUCGCCAUUUUCUUCAUUGCAGGCACCAUUAUUUGCUGCCGUCAAAUGUGUAAGGACAGGAGGGAAGCGGCCAAGGCUAAGUUGGAAUCCAACGCUGGCGGCCAGAACUACCACUCCUACAGGCAGUUCUCCGUCCAAGACAACAAUGACGCUGCCGCUGAUUCCGCUCCCAAAGAGGGACAGACAGAGUGCUAGAGACGGUAACGGGAGAUAGGGUGUAGCCACAGAAAACGGUUCCAGGUCUCGUUCCAGGCAUGCAACUGGCGCCGUGCACAUGUCGUCCCACAGGAAGAGUAGUUACAAAUUCUACCUUCUCCUUUCCCAAGAGUGUUUUUACAUCAGUUAACCAGUUGUUUGGAGGUGUAAGGCACUCCGAGAAAAUGAGAGAGCAAGUGAGCGGCCUCGAAUUCCAUAUUUGUUUUUUUUCUCGGUAUGCGCCAGUAUGAAGGCAAGCUCUCUGUGGCAAAGGCAAGAGGCAUUGCUGGGAGGGAGAGACACAUCCCGCUGCAACUUCCCCGCCGCCCAGCCGCUCACCUGCCUCUUGAAUGCCAUUAUGUCCCGUGAAUCGUAACAUUGUCGUAUUGGAGUGUUGGUGAAGUAUUAAGAAGCAAUAGUUUAUCAUGUUAUGUGAAUAAAAUGUUUAUUAGAAAAAAUAUGCAAAUCUAUAUAAGAGUAUGUUAUGAAGAAAGGUUUGUUUAUAUGCAAUGUUAUACUAAGUCUUAGAACGAAGGAUUCUUUAUUCCUGAGCUUUGAACUAGAUAUAAAGUGAGCCGUUUUAUGUGUUCAGCCUCUAAGAGGAGCAGCGAGCGGACCAAGGCCGCAUAUCUCGGGACCAAAGCCUAUACGUGGGGUGGAACAUCUGCCUCCACGGGAAGACAAUUGACAUAUAUCACGGGUAGUUCCUUCCAGAUGUGCAGGUCUGUAAAUCACAACUCAAAAUUUUUAUUUGAGACCAAAACACAGGUUGACUAUAUGAUUUACAAAAUUGUCCUUAUCAUGUAGCUCAAUGGGGAAUUAAAUCUAACUAGAGGAACAGCAGCAACAUAUGCAAAAUACUGCCGCAUGUUGCUCCAGUGGCGAUGACUUCUCACUCGCCUGUAGGAAUCUACCGCUUGUUUGUUGUCUCUUUAUAACUCUGGAAUGAGAGUAUGUUUAGACUGGAGUCAAGAGUUGGCAAGCACUCACGUCAUUUGGGAUGUGGAGGGCGCGCAGAAGGUUUCAGACCGUCGCCAUAUUUUCCAGGGAAUAGCGUUUAAUUAUAAAAGUUAUUUUAGAAUCGGGUAGGUACUUUAGUAUUUUUAACAAGUGGUGUUCAUAUACCGUAGCAAAACAUAAAUCGACUGGUCACUCGACUGGCAUGGAAAGCCGUUUAACCAUCGAAUUCUUCCUUUAGAUGAGCAAUAUACGUUUAAUGAAGCUGUCGACAGAGAAGUGUUCGAGGGUUACCUGGCGCCGGGGUGGUGGAGAAAGCACCUGUAGCCAUCCACAUCACACACACAAUGGUAGGCUAGCACAUACAGCACACACCUUGGACCCACCAGCCACAGCCAGACCCUAGACAUGACACUUCGUUGUGCAAAACCUCGACUGUACUGUCCCCAUAUACAUACCCCCUGUUUGCCACCCCGUCACCGUGGCGAUCACCCGUCGCUCCUCCCCCUUGCGAAAAAGUCCCUAAAAAUGUUGACUGAAGUAUGUAGUCACGAUCCAGUCUCCUUAUUCGCACACAAGCGAAAACCAUGACUCAAGGUAAAACAAGUGAGCAGGCCUACGCUGAUUCAAUAGUUUGUAAAUCCAUAGUAUAUGAGGAUUCACACACCUCAUCUAUACGUAGUAUUUUGCGUAAGCAUUAUAAUAUAUAUAUAUAUAUAUAUAUAUAUAUAUAUAUAUAUAUAUAUAUAUAUAUAUAUAUAUAUAUAUAUAUAUAUAUAUAUAUAUAUAUAGUGUGUGUGUGUGUGUGUAAACAAACACACACACACAUACGUAUGUUACCUUUUCUUUUUCCAAGCAGGGAAAUGUGAACCAUCAAUCAGUGACUACAUACACCACAUAUCCCAAAAUCCAAACCAUCUUCCAAUUUUCUAACAAUGAAUACUGUAGGACCUGUCAUAUUGCCUUGGCGAACAGUCUAGACAGCCGUUCACACCACAACACCAUAUCCUUGUAAUUGGAAAUGUUCACAGCCAAACACAAAGCAUUUAAUAACCGGCCAGUGUGUCUUUUUUGUAGUAUUGCUGCUGUGACUCUAAUAUUCCUCCUCUCGGACCAACACUCAGCUCAUGAUAGCUCUGUAUUAUAUUACCUUGUGAGGCUACCGUGGCUGUACACUGUUAUAUGGUCGGUUGUACGUACUCUAUCCUCGCCUGUGGCCUUCUUGUAUAUACACCGGUAAAAGAAAA